AUGCGACGAGCUACCAUGGCAGGCAUGCCUGCCCGUAAUUCCCUAUCCGCAGACACCAGCAGACUCACGCUCACUGAAGAUCCAAGAAGAAAAGGAAGGAACCCGAGAGACAGAGCGCACCAGGAAGAGAACAUCUCCACUAUCCUUGGCUUUCUCUCCUCCACAGAGUACGACCGCCCCUACUCCCAUGCUCUCCUAAGCAACCCUUCGCUCAAAGACUUCCAAAGCAUCUUCAGGCACAUUCAGUCGUUUCUUGGGCCCUAUCUGGAAACCACAAAAAAGUUUGAAGACGAGGUCCCUGCUUUUCUCAAGGCGAUAAAGUACCCUUUUGUCUCAGAGAUCAACAGAAGCCAGCUGAUUGCCAUCACUCCCCACACGUGGCCUGUGCUUCUUUCCAUGCUCGGAUGGCUCUCUCGGAUAGUCUCCAGCUCCUACGAGCUGAUGACCGAUCCAGGCUCUGAAAAAAUAAAAAGCGUCUUCUACGAGUACCUGUACGGAGAAUAUGCUAACUACAUGGAGGGAAAGGAAAGCACCCACCUCCAGAACGCGCUCGAGAAGGAGGUCUCCCAGAAGAACAAGGAAAAAAUAAGAACAGCAGAAGAGAAAAAAGAACACCUUGAAAAAAUAAAAAACAAAAUAAAAGCUAUCAGCACAAACGACCUCCCAAAUGUGCUGGAGAAACAAAAACAAACACAAAUUGACCUAGACAAAAUAUCUGCUCUCAGAAAGUCCCAGGAGAUAAAGAACAAGAACCACAGAAAGGCGCUCGAAGAAGCACAGAGAGUGCUGAAUGCACUGGAGGAAGAAAGAAAACAGCUGGAGACAAAAAGAGAACAGCUGGAAAACGAAAUAAAGGUGCAGCCCAUCAGACAGGAAGACAUCGAAGAAAUGACAGAGGAGAGAGACGCGCUGAUAAAAACACUUGAGGAGAUAAAAAGAUCAAAAACACUGCUCAUCAGGGAAAUAGACUCGCAAAACAACAAAAUAAAAAUAGAGGCAGAAGAGUCGGAAACGAUUCUUUCAAACAUAAAAAAAGUGCAGAUCAAUGAGAGUAUAAACAUAAAAAUAGAAAAGAUAAAGAGAAACACAGGGCUCUUAGAAUACGAAGAGUACAGGAUAGAUGGAGACAUCAGAGAAGAGGAAAAAAGAAUAAAAAGCAUCCUAGAAGAGCUCCAGAGAGAAAGAGAAGCUGUAGAAGCAGAGCUAGAAAAAGAAAAAGAGAGGAACAUGGCUCUGAAUGAGAUAAAAAACAAUCUGAUAGAAGAAAUAGAACAGAAAGAGGAAAGAGUGAAAGUGCACGCGCAGGUUUAUCUGGAGAAGAAAGAAGCCACAGAAGAAGAGUACAAAAUGACGGUAGGACGCGUAGACAAAGCAGAAACAGAGCUGCUGAAAAUAUCAGCAGAAGGAGACAACGGCCUAUUUCAAACAGAGCAGGCUCUGGAGAGAAUAAAAAUAAAAAAAGGAAGAACAAUCAGCAGAAUAAGCGUAGAAGAGGCAGAGACGCAGAAAAUAUCAGCAAUAGUAGCAGCAAACAUGAACAGUCUCAAGGAGAGAAUAGAUGAAGCAUACGGAGCACUGAGUAUAUAA